CGCGCGCACGGUCCAACAACCAGCAGAGAACAGCCUCCGUCGAUCCCCCGCGCGCCUCCGUCUCGCUGUCGCCGCUUCAACUGCCGGCCGGCAGGCAGCGCUGCCUCCGACCAGCUCGCCCGGCGGAAACAUGAUCGUCUGCGUCGCCGUCGUCGGCCACCAGAACAACCCGCUGUACCUGCAGAGCUUCACGGAGGCGGACGACGCCCUCAAGCUCCACCACGUCGUCCACUGCUCCCUCGACGUCAUCGACGAGCGAGUGAACAAUCCUAAAAAGAGUGCACCUACACUGAACGAAACAUUUUUGGGUCUUCUAUAUCCGACUGAGAACUACAAAGUGUAUGGCUAUUUGACAAACACAAAGGUCAAAUUUUUAAUGGUUACUACUGAUCUUGAUGUGAAAGAUGCAGAUGCCCGAAAUUUUUUCAGGAAGUUCCAUGCUGCAUACGUGGACGCCGUCUCGAACCCCUUCCACGUCCCAGGGAAGAAGAUCGCCUCGAGAAGCUUCGGUGCGAGAGUGAGCACCAUAGUGAAAUCCUUUGGCUCAGGGACUGUCGGUUAAAAACCACAUCCGCCUGAGCACCCUCCGCAAUCAAUUGUCCUGUGCUUUACACCUUAACCGGCAACCUAUCUUUACCUCCAUUGUGUAUCACAAAAUGUAUGUUGGACAAGAAAUAGUUUGACACUCAAGGGAGAAUAUAUGGCUGUUAUUGAUUACUAAGCA